ACAUUUUAGACUCUAUGAUCAUUAACAGACAGAUCGAAGAAUAUCAACGGUAUUAUGAAAUGAGAGGUAGUUGAAAACGAAAAAUGAAAUUCUUCUUUGGCUGAUCCAUUUCCUUUUCAAGAAUUAAAGAAAACCCAUUAAGGUUUUGCUCUCAGAUAGCUAAACAAAGAACUGAGCCAUGGAAAUCAAUGAGGUCAAUGUUGAUGAUAAAUAUAUGCAAAUGGGCAAUCCAGAGUUAGAUACAGUUCAGUUACAUGAAGAGGCCUCAUCAAGUGGAGAGGGCAUCCAAGAAAUGCAGAAUACCACUUUAAGCAGAAUUGACUUGGACUUGGCAUAUUCUAAUGAGAAAUUGGUAAAUUUGCAUGUACUUUUGAUGCUGCUUUUGGGUUGGGACAGUGAUCCUGAAGCAAUGGCCUCAGGGAAUAGUGAUUUUUCAGCUCAGUUCAUUGAAAAGGCAUUGGUAUUUGAUCUUUUAUGUGGAAUUUUGGAUUCCGAGUUAAGGGAAGUGGAAACUUUCUUGGAUACUGUUCAAGCGGAGAUUGUUGAUGCCCGUCAUAAAAUAUCUUCAAGCAGACCUUUGGGAGCACUAUUCAAUAAAAUGGAAGAGAAGCUGCAUGAUUCUGAACAAUCCCUUAAAAAGUGUCAAGAGCUUGUCUUGGAGGUGAAGAUGCAGUCAACCAAGCUGCAAGAUUCCAUUUCAUAUUUCAGACAUGAGAACUGGAACAAUGACAAGGCCAUGGAUAUAGCUGAACAAUAUCAGCUAUCAAACAUCAUUGGCAAAUCAAAAGUACAGACUGUUGAACAGCAAAGGCAUAUAUUAAGGAUGCUUGAAAAAUCACUUGCACGGGAGCUAGAUCUUGAAAAGAAAUUAUCAGAGUUUGGUCAAAAUGAAGAGCAAUUAAAACUGAAGCUACACUAUACUGAACAAGUAGCUCUUCGCAUGGAGGAGGCAGCAGAAGUUGUUUGGGGAAGGUUUCUAGAGGCAGAAAAUGCUGCUGAGGUGCUCAUGGGAAUUUCAAAGGAGCUUGUAGGUCGACUUCAGAUUGUUCAGUUUAACAUGAAUGGUUCAAUUCAACGUGAGGCUGAGCUCAAAUCUAAACUUGAAGGUUGCAUUGAAGAGUUAAAUACCAAAGAUAUUGCUUUAAAAAAGCUUGAGAGCAGCAAUGCAGAACAUGCUGCAGAAGCUUCUGAAGUAUUCAGUUUGAGGAAGAAGGUGAAAUUACUCGAGGAACAGCUAAAAGAAUCUAAGCUACAGCUGAAUAACGCAAAUGCCUCCAAUCAAACAAGUCAAGAGCAUAUUCAUGAAAUGGAAAUCAUUAUUGAUUCACUGAAGGAAAACAUUUAUGAAGCAGAAAGUAGGUCUGAAAGUGCAGAAGCCAAGGUUACAGAGUUAACAGAUGCAAACUUGGAACUUACCGAAGAGUUGAAUUUUCUUAAAGGUAAUAAUGAUAAUAAUACAGAGAAGGUGACCUCACUUGAGAAGCAGUUGAGGGAAAAGGAGAUUCAACUACAACAUGCAAAAGCAUCUUCUGAUGCAAGCCAGGAGCAGCAGAACAUGUUGUACUCUGCAAUAUGGGAUAUGGAAACUUUAAUUGAAGAUCUAAAAUCAAAAGUUUCAAAAGCUGAAAGCAAGACUGAUACUGUGGAAGAGCAGUGCAUUAUAUUAUCAGAAUCUAACUUUGAACUUAAUAACGAGCUAGGCAUCCUGAGGAAUAAAAUCGAAUGCUUGGAGACAUCUUUGGACCAAGCUAACAAUGAAAAAGAGGCAAUCGCAAAAGAAAUCAAUUAUAGGACCAAGCUAAUCACAGAUAUGGUUACCCAACUAGCUACAGAAAGGGAACGCAUUCAGAAGCAGCUAUUUUCAUUAGUAAAGGAGAAGGCAAUAUUGGUGAAAAAGUUGCAAAACACGGUACAAACUGGCUCUUUAGCUGUCUGCAACUCUGGAGUUGAUGGCGCAGAGAUAUCUGUCUCCAAGAGUGGUUCAAAUAAAGCUAAUUGCACAAAAACAUUUGAGAGAACAGUUCUCUCAGCCACAAGUGUACAGGCAGGUGAACGAUAAUCAAAGGAAUGCAUCUCUUUACAGGACUGAAGUUGAACCUUCCGGUGCUGUAACUGAUGGCAGUGACACAAUUUCAAGGGUGGAAGUUGCAAAAAGAGGAAAGACAGGCCACCUUAAACUGAUAUACAUUUUCAUAGCAAUUCUCAUUGCACUCUUUUCUGCAUUAGCUGUAUAUUUGUUGAGGGCGAAACCUCCCCUCUUGGUUUAUUUUUGAUGGCCACUGAGAGUCUGUUUUGCAGGCACACAUUGUGCCUUAUGAUGUAUAUUCUUGCCAUUUUUUUAUGUAUAUUGUUUUACUUGGAGAAUGUUAAUGAUUGUGUUACUUGUUAAAUAUCAAAGCUUUGACAAGGUGCAUGACAUGGGGAUAUGCCCUCCCAUUACACUUUGGAU